AUGACAAAGAAAAGGCCAUCGUUCGCUUCGUUGAAACGAGAUUUACAUCUUCAAAAUUUUUUAUUUCGUCAAGCUAGUGCUGUUGCUGCUGCUGCUGCUGCUACAACAUCUGCAUCUGCAUCUACACCUGGAUCACGGCCAGUUUCGGCAGCAUCAGCAUCUAGACUUGCUGACAUAGCGUCUGGAGUUACAGCAACAUCUGGAGGUACAUUUUCUAGCAUUGGCUUACCGAAUUCAGCAGUAGCAGCACCACCACCUCAUAGUCUUCAUGGUAGGAGGGAAAGUUUUUUGUAUCGGUCAUCGUUUGAUGAACAUGAAAUUGCACCCUGUCAUUCAUUGUCAUGUGCAUCGUCUGUUAAUUCAUCAGAACCCAUGUAA